CCCCCCGGCCCAUUGCUGAAAGUGAACCGCGGGAUUGGUGAGAACCUUAUCUUGCUCUACCAAUUUGACCUUUUCGGAAACCCAAGGAGCCAAGAACGAGAGAGAGAGAGAGAGAUUGUUUGCUGUUUCUCCACCUCGGAAUGACAGCAACAACAGCGCGGGGUGCAUAAUAUUGUUUUUUGUGUUCCAUCCUUCUUCUAUGUCUUAGUCGGCUUUACCCUUGGUUUGCAGCUGCCACAUCGCCAACAAGUCCUAGAGUCUAAUGCUUUCUCUACUAGGCAGGCCGAAACAAGGUUGCUAACCCGAGAAACAGAGAAACCGACGUCCAAGACAAUGAUGGUGCUAAAGUCAAACUGUUUUAUUAUCUUUUGGUGGCCCCUUCACCUGAACCUUGUUCUCACGCAAGGGAUCAAACUCUUCCGGGUUAACAAACAAACACACUCACGAUACACAAGGAAAGAAAGAGCGACGGCUGUUGUGUUGGUCUACGACCACCAAACGCGUGGUCGCGUCCUCUCUAAUACCCUUUGCAUCACCGCCAAAAAAUAAAAAAUAAAACAAUGGGUGACUUUGAGCAAAAGAGCAU